AUGCCCACAUAUGUGCCGAAGGGCACAAAUGCCGCAACUGGGUCGGAGAGCAGAGGCGGCUCAUGGAUGGCUUCCGUUCUUGAGAUACAAGAGCUCCGGAAUCAGCAUGCGCAACCAUCUGUGGUCAGCUACAACAGGUCAAUCAGCGCAUGCGUCAGAGGCAGAAACUGGCGGCUGGCCGUCUCCAGUCUGGAGUCUGGCUGUGAAGCAGAAACGCUCCCGGAUCCGGAUAUUGCCUCCUACAACUCUGCCAUCAGUGCCUGCGAGAAGCGUGCACAGUGGAACGAGGCGUUAAAGGUCUUUGAGACUGUUGCCACCAAGCAACUUCGGCCCAGCGUCAUCAGCUGCAGUGCGGCGGUCAGUUCGUGCGAGAAGGGGGUAGCAUGGACAGAGGCGCUGGCUCUUCUGCAAGGUUUGGCACGCCGCAAUGUACAAGCCGAUGUGUUUACAUACAGCGCCCUCGUUACCGCCGGGGGCAAGGCGCUGUACUGGAGAGCAGCUAUGGCCGUGAUGUUCGUCAUGAAGCAGCGAACGCUGCAACCCAAUUUGGUCACCUACAACGCAGCUAUGGCCGCCCUCACGGAGGGCGGCGAGUGGCACCGGUCAGUUGAAAUCAUGGAGGGUAUCUACCAGCAGAAACUUCAGCCAGACAUCGUCAGCUAUGGAGCUGCAGUUUCUGCCCAUGGGCGAGGUCACAGUUGGGAGAAGAGCUGUUACCUGGUGAAGGAACUUCGAGAACGUCGCUGGAGACUGGAUCUGGUAACUUACAACUCUGCACUCAUUGCAUGUGAAGCAGCAGGGCAGUGGCAACCGACACUGCUCCUGCUGGAAGCUAUGGCCGUAGAUCGUCUACGAGGUGAUGUGAUUUCUUUCAGCGCAGCGGUGAGCGCCUGCGGCCGAAGAGGAAGAUGGCAGUCGGCCUUCUUUCCUGAGGAGCAGUUGCUACCGUUUUUGAGCAGCUUGCGGCUGGCUUUGAUGCAAUUAGCGCGAUCAUGA